AUGGCCAGCGACAAUGAGACGCACCGGGUCUGUACGCGCCAGAACACUGGCUUGUCAAGCCUGCCAGGUGCCGUUCUCCACGUCAUUCUUCGAGCGACCAAGCAAGGAAAGGAUGUUGCCGCCCUUCUCAGCGCACUGCCGCCGUUGACGCUACCACCUGAGCUGGUUGCACUCCGAGACUUCGGUGCCGUUGUCGACCUCGCUCGCCACUGGCCGGCCGUGCGCGUGACCGAGAUUCCCAUCGAGCAUGCGCACCUUGGUGUGGCAGCGCUACCUGCGCUCCAAGGCGUUUACAUUGAACCUGGCUUUGCCGCGCUGGCGUGGCUGGAUGCCACCUUGCCCCCAAAGAUGCGCGUGGUGCUUGUCGUGGACCCGACUGUCUCGGGCGUGCUCAGCUCCUUUGCGUACAACUGGGGCGAUCGCAUUACCCAUGUCAUAAUCAAGGGUCAUGAGGUGCACCCGGACCCGAUCCCCGACAUUCUCGGACGUUGCGUCAACGUCUCGCGUGUUACGAUUGAGAACACCAAGAUCCGAGUCGCCGCAGCUGCGUACUUGGCAGUCCUUCCGACGAAGCACUUGGUUUCGCUCAAGGUGAGUGCCCACACGGCACAAUUGGACGCAUUGGACGUCGCCGCCAUUGCUUUCUGGCUUCAGGGACCCCGUGCUACGUCGUUCUCUCUCGCCUGCGCCUCUGUGAGCGACCCGACGGUGCUGGCCAGCGCGAUCCAAGCCUGUUCGACGCUGUCGCACUUGAGUCUGGACGGUGUUUUGGACGUCCAGGCGGCGUUGGUGACAUUGCCAUCGACCUUGCACCACAUUACCGAGCUCUCGUUGCGCCAAUCGUCGGGUCUGUAUAACGUGCCCACGCAUGUGCUCCUUGGAAAGCUCGAUCGAGCCAAGGUUGUCUCGUUUGCACUCCAAAACAACAAUGCCAAAGCGGUUCGCUUGCACGAUGUCGCCAGCGUCUUUAUGACGUGUCCCUCGCUCGUAUCCGUGCACCUUGUCAACUGGAGACUUCCAGCGGUGUCGACAACUGCUGGGGCUUGCCCGCAUCUCGCUCGCUUCAUGCUGCUUCACGUUCAGUUUGAAGAGAGUGAGAGCGUGCCUGCAUUCGUGCGCUGGCUCUCGACCUCGCGCUGCCUCACGGUUGUGGACUUUAGUGGCACCGUCCUCGGCAAUGAAGGCGUCUUGGCACUGGCGCGUGAGCACCUGUCUGGAUGGCGCGCGGCCUAA